AGCUUAUAGGUUAAGAAACUUCCUCCACUAAAAACCCUAAAAAAUAUAAUAAAACAAAAAGAGAUGAGAGAAUGAGGGAAUAAGGGCAAAGUAAACAAACUAAAGCCUCUUCUUGCUGCUUUCCUCCUCCCUCCUCUCUUCCUUUAAUGCUCUUUUUCCCUUUCUUUCUCUUCUCUGUAUUCCCUUGGUUUGAUUCUCCACCAUCUCCCUAAAGAGCCAUCAAAACUUUAUAAAAGAUAACAUAAAAGGAUUUUCAAUACCAUGGUUUUCUCUUCUAUUCAAGGUUAUGUAGAUCCUCCUAAUUGGCACCACCAGCAACCAAAUCAUCAGCAAGCAAAUGGAAGUGAUAACACUCAACUUCUUCCACCUUUACCACCUCAAGUGGGAGGUAGUACUACUGGUGGUGGUACUAUGGGCUCGAUCAGGCCCGGCUCCAUGGCUGAUCGAGCUCGUUUAGCAAAACUACCACCACCUGAACCAGCACUAAAGUGUCCUCGUUGCGAUUCAACCAACACUAAAUUUUGCUACUUCAACAACUACAGCCUCACUCAACCUCGUCACUUCUGCAAGACAUGUAGGCGUUAUUGGACAAGAGGGGGUGCACUUAGAAAUGUUCCAGUUGGUGGAGGGUGUCGUAGAAACAACAAGAAAAACAAAAGAAGCCGUUCAAAAUCUCCUAAUUCAACAAAUUCUCAAGAAAAACAAACUUCCUCAUCAAGUGCAAUCCCUUCUCAUCAUGAACUAAUUGGUCAUCAGCUACCACAAACAAUUCCUAAUCUACCUUUCAUGGCCUCGAUGCAGAAUCUGAAUCGUUAUGUUGUUGGAAACGUUAACAUGGGUCUUGGUUUGCGUGAGAUCCAAGAACAACAACAACAACAAGAUCAUAUGGGGUUUCAAAUUGGUAUUGGUAAUGGUAACUCAACUUCUGUUUCUGUUUCUGCUUCUUCUGUUGCUGGAGGUGUCGGAGUUGAACCAUGGCGUAAUUUGCAGCAAUUUCCUUUCUUGAAUACUUUCGAAUCAAACUCUUCUGGAAAUAAUCCAUAUACUUUUCAAGGAGAAAGUAAUAUUGAAGCUGCUGCAGCAUCUGGAUUUGUUAGAGAUAUAGCUUCAAACUCUAGGGCUAAUCAAGAGCCACCGGUUAAAAUGGAAGAAAAUCGAGCUUUAAAUUUUUCAAGAACAUCUCUUGGUGUCUCUGAACAUAAUAACCAACAACAAUACUAUUCUUGGAAUGAUUUAUCAGGCUCUUCAAGUACUCAUAUCUUGUAACUUUCGACCGAAUGGAUCAAAGAUAUGAAGUUUCGAACGAUUGGUCACAACUUCAACUAUGAUCACUCAUAUUAUUCAACUCAGUCAUGGUAGUAGAAUUGAUCUUCUUCUUCUCCUUCUAGUAAUUGAUUUUGUUUAUGUUUUUUUAUUUUGUUUCAUGGAGUCAAGUAAUUUGUGUACUAUAUAUAUGGGCUUGUUUUAUUUUCUAUAACUUUGUGUGUGCAUGUAAUGUUAUAACUUAUAUAUGUGUGUUUUUUAUAAUAUCAAUUCGGUACAAAAUUUUCCUUAA